AUGGCGACCAACAGUGCUGAGAAUGUCACUCCCGAAGGUGUGCCAAGUGGUUCGGCCGGAGGUCAAUACGUCCCUGUCGCUGUUGUCAUUCCCCUUCCGAGGCCGUUCCCGGACAUAUCGAAGAUAGAAGUCUUUGAUGGCCGGAAUUUUAAAUGCUGGCAAGAAUGUGUCUUCACCAUCCUUGACAUGCAUGGUGUGGCAACUGCUCUUACUCAAUCCGAGCCUCCUGCUGAUACUGAUCAAGCCCAGAGAGAAGCUUGUAAGAUAUGGGAGUCCCUGGUGACAAAGUACACUACUGAGGAUGCCGGCAAACAAAAGUUCGUUGUGGGCAACUACUACAAAUGGGAGAUGACUGAGAACAAGGAUGUAAAGGAGCAAAUCAACGAAUAUCACAAGCUGCUAGAGGAGCUUCAUGCUGAAAACAUCAACCUUCUAGAUGAGUUCGUUGCUGGGAUACUGAUUGAGAAGCUGCCAGAAUCAUGGUUUGACUACAAACAGCAAUUAAAACACAAACAGAAGCAGCUGUCCUUGACUGACUCGAUCACUCACAUCAUCAUCGAAGACACCAACUGCAAGGCAAUACGUGUAGCUCGAAUUAGAGAAAUGACAUCCAAAGCCAACCUGGUGGAGUCAAAGCCUCACAACAAGAGGACAUUAGCAGCACAGUGUAGGAAGAGAGCAAACCGUGAUAAGCCUCGAAAGCCAAAUAAAUGGGUGGUAGACUCUGGGGCUACCAGGCACAUAUGUGCUAGCCAAGAGAUGUUUACCAUAUAUAAUCCUGUAAAGGAAGGGGAAGACCAUGUUUACCUUGCUGAUUUCCGAACUGCCAAAGUUCAAGGAAAAAGAAAAGUGGUCUUAAAGCUCACAUCAAGGAAGACUCUGGCUUUGAACGACGUUCUGCAUGUGCCUGAAGUUAGAGCAAACUUAGUGUCAGUUGCUCUUUUAGGAAAAGCUGGGACAAUCAACACAAAAUCCUCAAGGGAUUCUGAGUUCAUUGCCAUGGACCUAGCUGGGACUGAGGCUGAGUGGUUGAAAAACUUCUUAGUUAAUGUUUUGUCUGCCAAACGUCUCCAGAUUAAUGAACGCUGA